AUGCUACCGACCAUUGUUGCCUACGUGUGGAGAUUGGUGGUGGGAGCACUUGCUUUCGCAUUUGCAUCAUUCCUUGUGUACUAUGUGCCUGCGAGCCGUCGCCCUCGGAAUUUCCCUCCAGGUCCCCCUGGGCUGCCAGUGAUAGGGAAUCUUCAUCAACUACCUUUGAAGAAACUUUUCCUCAAAUUUCACGACUGGCAAGGGCAAUAUGGCCCGGUUGUCGGAUUGAAAUUCGGCCCUCUGAACGUCGUCGUCCUCAGCAAUUACAAGCCUGUCAGAGAGCUUUACGACAAGAGAGGCAAUGUCUACUCCAGCCGGCCUGACAACUAUGUGGCAAACGAGCUCAUGUGCCCCAAUGAUGUUCACAUUCUCUUUCAGCCAUACGGCCCAGCAUGGAGAGCGCUCCGAAAAGGUGCUGCAGGGCUUUUGAAUGUUAGAGGUUUCGGCAGCAUCCUCCCACUUCAGCAAGCAGAAUCCUGUCAAACAAUGUACGAGAUAAUGCAGUCGCCUGAACAAUGGUCCGAUCAUGUACGCCGCUACGCAGCCGCCGUGGUUCUGGAGUCUGUAUACGGCCAAAGAGGAGCUACUUACAACGAUCCGAAGGUUAAAGGAUUCUACGAGAUACUAACGGCAUUCCUGGAUACACUGGCGGUUGGAGCAACUCAGCCCGUCGACGCUUUCCCUUUCCUCAAGCACAUUCCGGGCUUCCUCGCGCCAUUCAAUUCUCGAGCAAAGGCAAUGGGCCAAAAGCAAAAAGCAUUUUACAGUGCCCUGCUUGACAAAACAAAAGCCAGGAUGGAUCCGCAAGCCACAGAUCCAUGUUACAUGCAAAGGCUUUUGGAAGGAAGUGAUAAAAGUGGGUUGAGCUACGAUCAGCUUGUCUAUGUCGGCGGAACUCUGCUGGAAGCCGGCUCGGAAACCUCGGCGUCCAACUUGCAUCUCUUUGUUUUGGCUAUGAUAUCCCACCCUCAAGUGUUGAAGAAGGCUCAAACAGAGGUGGACGACGUCUGCGGCGACGCCACUUCACCUUCAGCUAACCAUAUCAAAGACCUUCCUUAUAUGCGAGCUAUAAUGACCGAGAUCUUUCGAUGGAGGCCGCUCGCUCCGGAAGGAACGCCUCACAUGUCGACCCAGGAUGACUGGUACGACAACUACUUCCUGCCAAAGGGUACAAUCGUCUUUGCCAAUGUCUGGUCGAUCCAUCAUGACGAAACCGAAUACGACAAGCCUGCGGACUUUAUUCCCGAGAGAUGGCUGAACAACAAAUUCGGAACGAGGGUCAGUGAAGACACUGUCGAUGGGGACAACAGGAGGACCACCUAUGCUUUCGGCGCGAGCAGGAGAGUCUGCCCAGGCCAAGAGAUGGGUGAGAACUCAUUGAUGAUAAACAUGGCCAAGAUGGCGUGGGCUUUUAACAUCACGGCAGAACCAAACUCGCCUCCGAAUCUCGACCCCCGUGAGACAUACUCUGACAACUUUGUGGGAGGGCCACUUCCUUUUCCCGCCGUCUUCACAAUCAGGUCUCAGAGGCAUCGAGAGGUUCUUGAAAGGGAGUACUGCGAAGCGCAGGAGUUUCUCCGGAGGUAUGAAGACUAG